GAUGCACACGCCGCUCUUCCUGGUUCUUCUGUUUUGAUGUUCACCGAUGUAACCUCUUUUAAGUCAAACGGUAGUAGUUUUCUCAUGUUUCUUACCUUUAUUAAGAUGCCACAAAUAAGCGGUUUAAUAAACAUAGACUAGAAACCGACUUCCGGUUGAUUGUUUCUGUAAUUUAGCCGUUUGUGUUCAGUUUCUCUGAUUUGGCAUGCUGUCAUCAUCACCAGGUAUGCAUGAAAUCAUCCACUGCAUGUGCUAACGUAUCACCUGGCGAUUUCAAGAUUUGCUGAGGGCACAGCUGUUUUGAUGCCCACUGCUCCACCAUGGAGCACUCUGAAUUUAUGACACUCAAGAACGGGCGGCAGAGGAAGAUGGCAGGUGCCUCUCUCCCACCUGAGAACAUGAGGGACGUGGACAGGGAUGAGGCGAGCUCUGAACCAGAUGUGGAAGACGAAGCAGAGGGUCUUAUCAGAGGGUCAGACUCUGAGGACAGGAGGCACAAAGUCAGGCCUGGGAUUCGUGGCGAGUUGGCGAACGUGUCGCUUCUUCUGUUCCUGUACGUGCUGCAGGGGAUUCCUCUGGGACUGGCUGGUAGCAUCCCUCUGAUCUUACAGAGUAAGAGCGUCAGCUAUAAAGACCAAGCCUUCUUCAGCUUUGUCUUCUGGCCGUUUAGUCUCAAGCUGCUGUGGGCGCCACUGGUGGACGCUCUCUACUUCAGCAGGUUUGGUAGAAGAAAGUCGUGGCUGGUGCCCACACAGUACCUGCUCGGCCUCUUCAUGCUCUACCUUUCGUUCACGGUUGAUUCACUCCUGCAGAGUGAGGGCGGACCCCAAGUGGUAACACUCACAGCAGUCUUCUUUAUGCUUGCCUUCCUGGCAGCCACACAGGACAUAGCUGUGGAUGGCUGGGCCCUCACUAUGUUAUCCAGAGAGAAUGUGGGCUAUGCUUCUACAUGCAACUCUGUGGGCCAGACAGCAGGAUACUUCCUGGGGAAUGUGCUCUUUCUGGCUCUGGAGUCUGCAAACUUCUGCAACAAAUACCUCAGAGCAGAGCCUAAGGACACGGGCAUUGUCACCUUGUCAGACUUCUUGUUGUUUUGGGGAGGGGUGUUCCUCAUUUCCACAACAUUGGUAGCCAUUAUUAAAAGGGAGAAUGAGCCUGGCAAAGGAAAGAGAAGAGUCCAUGAGGAGACGCAGGGUGUCACGGAAACCUACAAGCUGCUGUUCUCUAUCAUCAAGAUGCCCACAGUUUUCACCUUUUGUAUCCUGCUUCUCACUGCGAAAAUUGGCUUCUCUGCAGCAGACGCAGUAACAGGCCUGAAGCUGGUGGAGGCUGGAGUUCCCAAGGAGCAGCUGGCAUUGCUGGCAGUGCCCAUGGUGCCUCUGCAGAUCCUACUACCUGUGAUCAUCAGUAAAUACACAGCAGGACCCAGACCUCUGGAUGUCUUCUACAAGGCCUUCCCUUUUAGGUUGCUAAUAGGACUGGAGUACGCUUUUCUGGUGUGGUGGACCCCCAGUGUAAAACAAGAAGGAGGAUUCCCUGUUUACUAUUACGCCAUAGUGCUUCUUAGCUACGCGUUGCAUCAGGUGGCGUUGUACAGUAUGUACGUGGCCUGCAUGGCCUUCCAUGCCAAAGUGAGCGACCCUCUCAUCGGUGGGACCUACAUGACCCUGCUGAACACAGUCACCAACCUCGGUGGAAACUGGCCCUCCACUGUGGCUCUGUGGAUGGUGGAUCCACUGACCUCUAAGGAGUGUGAGGGUGCUGUCGGGCAGAGCUGCGGCUCUCCAGAGGAGGCAGGGCUGUGCGUCAAGGAGGGCGGCGCUUGUGUGACCACACUGGACGGCUACUACGUGGAGUCAGUGGUGUGUGUUGUGAUUGGUUUAGCCUGGUGGUUGUGGUUAGGGAAGAGGAUGCGGCAGCUGCAGGAACAGAGCCCAGCCGCAUGGAGGUGCAGAGCUAAUCAGUGAUGCCGCUCCACCAUCAGUACCACAGACUCUUUGCAUACCCCGAAUGGUGGACACAAUGUUAUUCCAUUCUUGUUCGUCUGGUUUAGUCCCUCUGGUCCCGCUGUAGCUGCUGCGUUCACAAAACACUCUCACACCUCUGUCUCCUUGAAGCACAUCAGUCUGAUGAAAGACAACAUCGUCUCUCUGGGGGUAAAGUCAUUAUCACCGUUUCUCACGCUAACUGUCAACAACCUGAAAACUGAAACAACCAGUCAGACUAGCUAUGAAUAUUUUUGUUUUUGAUGUUGAAACCACAUUCUGCUGCUCCAAACAGCCUAACCAAACGAGAGCUGGGUGAAAGAGUGUGUUCAAAUAUCUUUCUGGGUUGGUUUUAACCUGCUUGGAUAACCAGUUUGUUGAGUUCAUCUGUUAAGUUCUUUGCAGUUUCUGCGUAAAAAACAACUUCUUGAAAUUUGAGCCCCUCAUGGAAAAAAUCAUCGGUAAACUCAGCACUUCAGACUGAUUUACCUUCACGUUCAGUCACAAUUUAGUCUAUAUUCUAGGGAUACUAAAGGGACCUGACAAGCAAAACAUACACAUACACUCCUCUGACCUAACUGUAUAAACUCGUGGAUAUGAUUUCCUUUUUUUCAUGAACUGUCUGAAGUGUCUUGAUGCUGGUUAUUCAAAGUAAGUUCAACCCAGUGUGAACACUAUCUUUCAUUGCUGUUUGACUAAGAUCUGAACCAAUGUUUCUUUUUUUAAAUAAUUAUUUAAUAAUGUUUCCUCUGAAGUGAUUUGUGCCUUGUUUAGAGUUUCAAAUUUGUUCAGCGCCAACUUGUUUGAGUUAAAUAAUAAAGGCAGGGACAUUUACAGUCAUUUGAAGAUGAAGUUGUUAAAUUGAUGAGUUUUCUGUUUUACUGUAGUUUGGUAGAUUACACAAACAGGACUGCUUUUAUUCUUUCAGUACUGAUUACAUUCAUUUCAUUAUUUCUUUUUUUACAGUCUCUAAAACAUGACACUGAAAACACAUUCCUUAUGACCUAUUUUAUUAUUAUCAUCAAUGCUUAAAUGAACUAUGUCAAAAAUAUUAAAUGUUUUAUCUUUUAUUUUUCCAGACUUUCCUUACAUCUGAUCAGUUUUCUCCAUGAUAGGACCAAUUCAAAUCUUAAAUAGCAAUAUUGGGCAGUGCAGCUUUGAACUGUUUGGACUGGUUAGUGAUUUCUGCUGAGGUAUUUUUACGUUGCAAGAGGAAAUAUUUAAAAUCUAUAUGUAUAUUUGUUAUUUGCAGCCAUGCCUUAGUGAGUCCCGCAGCAUUUUCCAUUUUUAUAGAUGCAUCAUAUUGAGACACUGUAUGUCAAAGGCCAUUAUGCUGUAUACUCACUAUUACUGCAACACUUUACAACAGGAGUCCUGAUUAGGACUUUUUAACAUCCGUUUUGCAGCGUAGAGGAUCUCUCAGCAGAUCCCAUCUGAGUGGGACGUUAACACCAGCUUGAAAAGUAUGUAAGUAAAUACAUACAGUAAAUUUCUCACCCUCCAAAAAUGAUUAAGGAUCCCAGACCAGCAGCCUCGAAGAGAAACUUGAUAAGCUGUUUAUGUUCUGCAUAUUGUACAUAGACCUGAAUGUUACAGUAUUUUCUCUGAAGUCAGCAUUGAUAAUUCAAAUGUAAAUGUUGAAGUAAACAAUCAGGGUUCAUGUAAGAAUAAGAGAGCCUAAUUUUUGAAAUCGUGCUGCACAGUUUCUGCUUUCUUAUGCCGACUUUGUGAACCACAUGAAGGUCAAUCAGAGGUCAUUUUUAGAUCACUAUGGUAGCAGCUGUUUUUUUUAAUAAGUUUUGGCCAGUGACUCGUCUGAAAUGCACAUAAGUCCAUUAUACUGUACAUUAAAGAAAUACCUCACCACUCAAAUGACUGGCUGUAUAUCAAUUACUCAACUUGUGUUACGUUGAAUUUGUGAAAAAACUUUUUUUUGCAUGCCUCCAUGGUGAACAAAGAAUCCAAAAACAGAGAAUUCUUGCUGAAUUGAAGUCAUAGGGGCGUGCAAUUCAAAACAUUCCUUCACAAACUCUCUUAAAACUGCAGUAUAAUCCCAAGUCUCAUUUAUCCAGGUAUAUGCUCAGUACUUUCCACACAGACAGCCCUUUCUAACAGGGAAGUUAAGUAGACGUAAACGUAUCUAUUCUCUCCUAAAGCCAGACUGUGUUAGUAUGCAACUUUGGUGAAUUUAAACUAGCCCUUUAAAACACCAAAUUCAGAUACGCUACACAGCUUACGUGAGAGUUUGUAAACAGAUGUGUUGAUGUAGCAGUCCCUAUGACUUAAAUUCAUUCAGAAUUUUCUCCGUUUUUGGAUUGUUCGUUCACAGGAGGCAUUCAAGUUUUCUUCAUGAAUUCAGUGUCGCACAGGGUGAGUUAAUUGAUAUACAAAUGUUCAUUUAAGGGGUAAAGUAUACCUUUAACUUCAUACUUAGUGAACUUGCUUUGAUGUGUAAUGGGCCUUUCAUUUGUAUUUGUACCAGCACUUAACUGUAAUAUGCCCUGAGAGCCUUUUUGCCAUGAACAGGGCACUGUGUUUGUUUUUUCUUCUUUUCAGAUUGACUGUGUGACUGAUGAUUUCAGCAACAAGUACAUUUGUUCUUAUAACACUUCAGAUCAGUGACUUUAAUCUGCUAAACUGGCUUUUAGGUGGUGGUAGACUACUGUUAAUUCAGCUGCAGAAAAUUGUUUUAAUUUAUCACAAUGUUACCUCAUAACCCUGCAAUUGAUUUUUUUUUAAUUUAAGUUUGAUUUUUUUUUUUACUUUGCACAACUUUUGUUUACAAUGAGUCCAAAUCCCCAAUCAUAUAAAGGAAAAGCAUAGCACAGGGUGACGGUAUCGUGAGAAAUUUAAAUAAGCUAGCAGCAGCGCUCUAUGUUUUAAUGAUGAAGGUGAGGUACUGUGACGUUCUGAAUUUUAAACAAAUCUUAUAUGUAAUUAAAAGACAUAUGCACA